ACUAAAACAUUAAGGUGUACGUAUAAUAGUAAUAAUUGGAAGUAAAAGAAAAAAAAUGAAAUGAAAAGACUUUGCCACAAAUUGUGCCUUAAUUAGCUAUCACGUGAAGUACCCGAAUCAAGGACAUUACGAUACAAAACAUGUAAAACAACAAAACAAUGGCGGUGCUGUUAGCAACAUUCAGUGUGGUCGUUUUCUACAGUGAGAGCAUACUGCUUUUGUACCAAGCAUCGCAGCACAGCGACGACGACGACCGAACAUGUUUCAUCGUACUUAUCUCCAUCUUUGUGACGUCACAGCUACUAACAAACACAACUUCCGCGCUUCUUGUCGUCUACCGGAUGGAUUUCUCCGGGAAACCUUCCGGUCGUCUGCUGUGUGCGGUCCUACAUCUCGGUCAGCAAGGCGUCAUUUGGCGUCUCGGUAAAAUAGUCUUUUUCUACGACCAGAAAGACUGGCUGGAAUUUGUGUUGCUGAGAAUGAUCACCAUUGGUGUCCAAACGCUGCCAUACCUAGCCAUUCAGAGUUAUAUUCUUUUGACAUCAUCUAUGGAAAUGGCGAUGUCGAUAAUAUCACUGUUGGUGUCACUGAUGUCUGCAAGCAUUGGCUUGACGUCGUUUACGAUAAGAAACCAUGUUCACGCUGCGUCGUGGAUGAGCUCAAGUAGUCGGCCAGCUAAUUCGAGAAAACACUGUGGAUAUUUUCUUCUGCUGAUAGGCACCUCUUUAGGACUAGCCUCCAGAAUGUGUUCCAUAGUGCUAAUGUGUGUUGAGAAGUUGUACUGGAUAGCCCUUCCUCUUGGAAUACAUAUGUCAAUAUUCCUGGUCGUGUCUCUUUUAACUAAAGUGUGGAUGAAUCAAGCAUUAUCAUGGAAAGAUGCCACAAAAGAAAUAUUGUUUUCCUAUUUUCAUAUCUUCGAUUUGGUGGACGAGUGUUUCAACAGAAUACAGUGUAAGUACGUGUCGUAUUACACAAUAAUUCUCAUAGAAAACAUCAUCAUGACCGCAGUCUGGAUGAUGAGUUCCAAUAUGGAUUAUACCAUCAAGAUGGUCAUGAUUCUUUCCAUUCUCACUUGUUUUAUUUGUUCUCUCAUCUUAAAGUUUACUGCCGGUGGAUUAUUAUUUCGCAACAAUACCUAUAUCAACACUCUAGAAAAUACACUAGAUGUAAAACCCGAGGAAUACGUUGACAACCUUUCCAGACAACAGUUAUCCAAUAUAUCGGGUACAGUCCGUGGGUCCUUUGAAGGUGUAACCCUGCGGUCGUUGGAAAAGAAUUCAUAUAUUGAAUUUGGUUUGUCUGUAACUGAUUCCGUAAAUACUCCAAGAUCUACAGAAAAGCCAUGGGAUAUCAAACCACAACAAAUAGUAAAGCGCAGAGAGAAACAAAAUGACUGUGGUUAUGAUCUUGGUGGACAAACAUGUAAACAUAAAAUUAUUAAUGUUGCCAGCUUUUUUGAAGAUCCAGUGACAGUGCCUAGAUAUCAGACAGAUCAAAAUGAUGGUGCAAAGCACACAGUUGCUAGCUGCUACACUAGACGACAGAGAAACGAGAGCAACCAGAGUCUGGCCAAUUUUGAUGUGCAUUCUUCCAACAGUCGUAAUACAAACACAAUAGCCCCUAGUCAUGUUGCGUCUAGUCAAGUAUCAAACGAAAUGCUAAUUUCAAAUGACAAAGGUUUCAGAUUGCAACAGUAUCCAAAAAAGGUUUUGUCUAUAAUAAAGAAAAGAAAAAUGCAAAGAAAAAAUGGAAAAUUGAGAUUAUUUUCUCCUAAUGAUGAUGCCUUUUUUAGUUGUGAGACAGUUUCUGAGCUUGUUUGUAAAGAAAGUAUGAAAACGGGCUCAUCACACAAUACCAACAAGAGCUGCGAGACUGAGGUUGAAGAAUUCAACUGGGAUGAAGACGUUACGUCUGUCAGCAGUUUUGCUAGUGGUGUUUUUGCAAACGGAACGUGUUCCAGGACAGAUUCGUUUAUCACAGAAAGCUCAACAUCUCUUUCCACAUGGCCUUCGCUACAUGUUGGAUAUUUUGAUCCAAAUGUUCUACCAAAAGAAAAUCCAAUUUCAGCUGAGAGUAUUAAAAGGUGGCUCAGUGAUGUUCACAGACACACCCAGGACAUGACUCAAAUUCAUCAGGAUAUGACUUGUGGUCAUCAACAUACAACUGAAUGUCAUAUAGACAAUACAAAUUCGACUGACGUUAAUACAAACAUAACGAAGGGUCACCAAGUCAUGAAUGAAGGUCAUAGAGAUAUGUCUAAAGAUCAGCCAUGUGUGACUGGAAAUCAAAGCAGUGCUAUAAGUUAUCCAGAAACGUUUGAAAACCAUAUGCAUGAACAAUCACUCCAUCUAAAUUCUGAGUGUCAAAUUAAUCAGCAUUUUAACUUUCCAGGUGUAUCUGAGCAGUGCCUUUUGAAUUCAAAGACAGAUAUUGAUGGUGUGGCUGAUUCUGAGGAGGAAUCAUGUUCCACACUGUCAGUUUCGAGUGAAUCCCUCAUUAUUGAUACUCAUCCAAAAGGCAUCAUUCGUACUUCUGGUGGUCAGCUACAGGUUUUGCCAGCUUUGGAAAAUAUUAACUGCAUCGAAUUAGGUAAAAGUGAGGUGACAAGCCACAAAUGUGUUCUCAGAACAUUUUCAUCUGCCAGUACAGUUACAAAAUCAUCAACACAGAAUAAUGAACAAGCAUCAUUCAAUGAACAGUUUUCAAACCAAACAGUGCCAUUUUGUGUUAAAUUAGGUGACAUGGAGUCACUAGUAUGACAGUAGAGUUUUAUUUUAAAACAUUGAAAAUUCAGCUGUUAUUACAAUAUUAAAACCUGUGAGAACUUGCUUUAGACUGAAUUAACAUUUCAUAUAUGAAUUUGAUUUUCAUUUUAAUUAUUCCAGUCAUGGUUCAAGCAAGCACACAACUAAAAUAUCUGAAUGACAAAUAUGGUAGAUAAAAACGUUUCCAAACAAAGUAUUACAAAAAUUGCAAAUGAAUAAUGGUAGCAAAUCUUUAUUCACACAAUAAUAUGGUGCCUUUGCUAGAAGUAAAAGAACAAAAUAAUAAAAUAAAUACAUUUCUUCACUGCAUUAUCAUCAUUUGAUUCAGAAAAUGUCACUCCGACCCACCCACCCCCACAACACAAUUAAAACAAAUAUUGGAUUCAAUGGUUAACUGUACAGUUGUUGGGUUUAGAUUCAAGUUCAGAUAAGAGCAAUCAAACUCCACAAAUGCCAGCCAUGCAUAACUAUUCCUUUAUCAACAGUUGUACAGAUGUUCAACACAGGAUACAAUCCAUCAACCAUGAAUAUAUUUGAUUACACAGAUUCUCACAUCAACACGCAUAUUUGAAAUGUACACAAACCACUUGGUAAACUUUCAAUAAUGCUACAUGUAAGCCUAUCCCAGUUCAUUGAAACAACACACACCUUUUAAGUAUUCAGUUUAAUGCUGAAACAAAACAAAAAAUGUGUUUGGAGGAAGUUUUAUUAUUUUUACUAUCUUUAAAUACUAACGACACAAUAUAUUUUGUGUAUGCUAUAGCUGACAUUGCAGUACUUUCUGGGCAACAGUUUGCAUCUCACAAUACUUUUAUUAUGCUAUACAAUGUAUACAAUGGUUCUACAGUAUUUAGCCAUGUUCUUUCUCCUUUCUCCUGUAUACAGGCAGCAUGCCCUUUUUAAGUAAGAUGAUCAGUAUUUAUCUAGCUAUUCCAUUCUCUGCAAUGUUUGAAAAAACAUUAAAUUAAUUUGGUUAAAAACAUCUCAGCAUAUUUGAAACUACAACUAUUUGGUGUCAAAUAGAUAUUUUGACACUCUGAAUGGGAAUAAAGAGGGGGGGGGGAGAGAUUACUCCUA